AUGGGGAAAGCCUGGGCUGCUGUCAUCCGAACAGUUCUCGGGCUUGGGAGGCCUUGGGAUGCAGUAGAGAAUGUCCGUCUGAUGGAUCGAAUGUCUUCCAAAAAGCCAGCCCUGGGGACUUUGUAUCUGACGGCCUCUCACGUCAUCUUUGUGGAGAACGUGCCAGAAACCAGAAAAGAGACCUGGAUUCUGCACAGUGAGAUCUCCUCCAUUGAGAAGCAGGCGACGACGGCGGGGGGCUGCCCGCUGCUUAUCCGGUGCAAGAAUUUCCAGGUGCUACACCUCGUGGUCCCUCAGGAGCGAGACUGCCAGGAUGUGUACAUCUCCCUCCUCCGCCUGGCCAGGCCAGUGAAGUACGAAGAGCUGUUCUGUUUCUCCUUCAACCCCAAGCUGGAUAAGGAAGAGCGUGAGCAAGGCUGGACGCUGGUGGAUCUCCGUGAGGAGUACAAGCGCAUGGGCACCCCCAACAGCUACUGGCACCUCAGUGAUGUCAACAGAGACUACCGGGUGUGUGACUCGUAUCCCACUGACGUCUAUGUCCCCAGGUCCGCCACCGCGCACAUCAUCGUGGGCAGCUCCAAGUUCCGAAGCCGCCGCCGGUUCCCUGCCUUGUGUUAUUACUGUAAAGAUACCAACGCCUCCAUCUGCCGGAGCAGCCAGCCCUUGUCUGGCUUCAGUGCCCGCUGUCUUGAGGAUGAGCAGAUGCUGCAGGCCAUCCGGAGAGCCAACCCUGGCAGUGACUUCAUGUACGUUGUGGACACGCGGCCAAAGCUCAACGCCAUGGCCAACCGCGCCGCGGGCAAAGGCUACGAGAAUGAGGAUAACUACGCCAACAUCAAGUUUCAGUUCAUCGGCAUCGAGAACAUCCAUGUGAUGAGGAGCAGCCUGCAGAAAAUGCUGGAAGUGUGUGAGCUGCGAUCCCCUUCGAUGAGUGACUUUCUCUGGGGCCUGGAGAAUUCUGGCUGGCUGAAGCACAUCAAAGCCAUCUUGGAUGCGGGGGUCUUUAUCGCCAAGGCCGUGGCUGAGGAAGGGACCAGUGUUCUUGUCCACUGCUCAGAUGGCUGGGACCGAACAGCCCAGGUGUGCUCAGUGGCUAGCCUGCUCCUGGAUCCUCACUACCGGACCCUGAAAGGCUUCAUGGUAUUAAUUGAAAAAGACUGGAUUUCCUUUGGGCACAAGUUUCAUCAUAGGUACGGCCACCUGGAUGGAGACCCCAAGGAGAUCUCCCCGGUCAUCGACCAGUUCCUCGAGUGCGUCUGGCAGCUCACGGAGCAGUUCCCCUGCGCCUUCGAGUUCAACGAGAGGUUUCUGGUGCACAUCCAGCAUCACAUCUAUUCCUGCCAGUUUGGAACCUUCCUCUGUAACAGCCAGAAGGAGAGACGGGAGCUGAGGAUUCAAGAAAGAACACACUCGCUGUGGGCUCACCUGUGGAAGAAUCGGGCCGACUACCUGAAUCCCCUGUUCCGAGCGGACCACAGCCAGGCCAGGGGGACGCUCCGGCCCCCCACCAGCCCGUGCAACUUCACGUACAAGUUUUGGAGUGGAAUGUAUAACCGCUUUGAAAAAGGCAUGCAGCCUCGGCAGUCAGUGACCGAUUACCUCAUGGCCGUGAAGGAGGAAACACAGCAGUUGGAGGAGGAGCUGCAGGUCUUAGAAGAGAGAUUGGAAAAAAUCCACAAGAUUCCGCUUAGCGACACGCCGGGGAACAGGGAGCCCGGUGCGCCACAGAGCAAAUGUCCGGGGCUGUCUGCCUCCACCCCCAGUGUGGGGAACCCCGCGGCGGAUUCCGGCGGACAACCGAAAUCAUCGCCCUCCCGGAGCCCGUCCCAGGGAGACGACGAUUCUGCCCUGAUUCUCACGCAGGAGAAUUUAAAGAGCUCCGAUCCGGACCUCUCGGCCAACAGCGACCAGGAGUCUGGAGUGGAGGACCUGAGCUGCCGCUCCCCGAGCGGGGGCGAGUGCUUGCCCAGCGAGGACAGCGGCAAGGACCCCGAUCCCGACGAGGCGGUGUUCCUCACCGCAUGA